UCUCUCUCUCUCUCUCUCUCUCUCACACACACACACACACACACACACACAGUCUCUCCCUCUCACUCCCACACAGCUUGAAGAAGAUGUCAAGAAGAGUAUCUGCUUCUUCCAUUAUUGGACGAAGAGGAAGAAGAAGAAUUGCUGAUCAUAAUUGUCAAAAAGGUACAAUAUUUCCCUCUCUAAUUAAUCAUCCCUCUUCAUUCUUAUUUCCUCUGUUUCGUUCUCUCUCUACUACCCGAAGCCCUAGUUCUUCUCCUGUUCGAUGCAAUGAUCUUCAAGACGCUGUAAAUUCGUUCAAUGGCAUGAUCCAAAUGCGACCUUUGCCCCCUAUUUCUCAAUGCACUAAAGCUUUACGACCUAUUUUGAAAAUGGGUCAUUACGACAUCGCACUUCGUCCUAUUGGGAAAUUGCAUUUUCUAGGCAUUCAGGUCGAUAUCUACACCUUCAGCAUUGCUAUUAACUGUUAUUGCCGCCUGAAUCAAGUCGAUUUUGGAUUCUCUCUUUUGGGUACCCUCUUCAAAUGUGGUUAUACACCCAAUGCAACUACCUUCAACACUUUGUUAAAUGGACUUAUUUUGGACGAUAAAACCCCUGAAGCUGUAGAGUUAUUUAAGAAAUUAAUGAGAACGAGAGAAAUUGAACCCGACGUGGUUAUGUAUGGAACCAUUGUUAAUGGGCUCUGCAGAACGGGGAACACUAUUAGGGCUGUUAGUUUGCUUAGGAUAAUGGAAGAGGGAAGCUGUAAACCUGACACUGUAGUUUAUAACACGAUCAUUGAUAGUCUUUGCAAGGAUAGAAUGGUGGAUGAUGCUACGAAACUCUUUUCUAAAAUGCAUGAAAAGGGUAUUUUCCCAGAUGUUGUCACUUAUACUUCUUUGAUUCAUGGCCUAUGUAAUUUUGGCCAGUGGAAGGAGGCUACUGAAAUGUUCAGAGAAAUGUUGGAUAGUGGUAUUGCUCCAAAUGUUCUUACGUAUAGUGUGUUGUUAGAUGCAUGUACUAAGGAAGGGAAGAUGAAAGAGGCAGAGGGGGUACUUGAAGUCAUGACACAAAGAGGUGUGGAUCCUGAUGUAGUCACAUACAAUGCUCUAAUGGAUGGAUAUUGUUUUCAAGGACAAAUGGAUGAAGCAAUCAGAGUGUUCAAUACCAUGGUGGAUAGGGGCCUUCACCCUGAUGAUUUUAGCUAUACCAUUCUAAUCAAUGGAUAUUGCAAGAAGAUGAAAAUAGAUGAGGCCAUGCAUCUUUUUCGAGCGUUGCCUCGAAGGGAGUUGAAACCUAACAAUGGAACUUUCAACGCUAUGUUAUGGGGUUUGUUUCAAACAGGUAGAUGUGGAGCUGCUCAAAAACUUUUCAAUGAUAUGCAAGCUGUAGGCGUAAAUCCAAAUUCUCAAACUUAUGGUAUCUUAUUGGAUGGGUUGUGCAAAAAUGGGCAUAUUUCUGAAGCAUUGUCAUUAUUCCACAUGAUGGAAAGGAAUGGUUUAGAUCUUAAUGUUGUUAUGUACAAUAUUCUCAUUGAUGCAUUCUGCAAGGAUAAAAAGCUUGAUACUGCAAGGGCUCUUUUCAAUAGCCUUGCUUCCAAGGGAUUAGAUCCUAAUGUUAAGACAUACACUAUGAUGAUACAAGGCCUUUGUGAAGAAGGCCUACUAAAUGAAGCUACAAAGUUGUUUGUUAAAAUGGAACAUAAUGGUUGUUUUCCAAAUGAUGUCACUUACAACACUAUUAUCCGAGGAUUUAUUGGACAACACAAGUGCUAUGAGGCAUUAAUACUUGUUGAGGAAAUGGUUCAAAGGGGUUUUUCGGUAGAUGCAUCCAAUUCUUCCUUGAUUGUAGAUAUAUUGUCAACUAAAGGACAAGAUCCUACUCUCCGAGAAGUGAUAAAGAAGUUCAUGCCAAAAGAUAGCCAUGGAAUGCAUGAUAUUGAGUAAAUUUCUUUAGCUAUGCAGUCCAUAUCGCCACAGUACCAAGCAACCUCAUUCACAAGAAGUGGUGCUGACAUAAUUCAAUGGCAAGAGCAAAUACUUGUUGAAUUGACAAUUGUUCCUUUUAUUGUAUAAAAACCUAUCAUUGUUUGAUUCUUUUAGCUUAGGUCAUAGAGGAGCAACAUCCAUCGAAUUUUGUUACAGCAGUUGGGUGCUAAUUUGGGAGAUUAGUCGGAUCCUUGAUGGAGUUGUAAAGGCUGUAUAAUCUUGGACCAGGAACAAUUUCUUGUUGAAUCCAGAAAUUUCUGAGGUAUUUGCAGUUGUAGGAGCUUGGUCUUCGUUGUUUGUUUUUCCUACAAGCCAAGAGUCAAAGUUUAAUUCAGCAUCAUUACAUCCCAACAGGUUAAGAAGAGAGAACAAAUGUUAAGAAAAGCAAAGGUUGCUGUCCUGAUACACCGUGAAAAGAAGCUAAUUGCCCAGACAUAGCUACAAGAAAGCUUAAAAGCAUUUUCGGGAACAAAGUUGUACAAGCAACUCAAGUCUAAUGCUGACAAAGCUCAGACCAGUUUUACUUCCAGUAGCUGAGAAACAGCAUUUAGCAACAGAGUUCCAUACCUGGAAAGUUUACUUGUCUUGUUGUGGAAUACCAUAAAGUUGCACACAAAUUUUUAUGUAAAUCUGAAUUCCGAGUUGGCUCAUUUACAUGGAUGUUUAGGUUUCCAAAGCUUGUUAAUACAGUGGCUAUUUGAUGUUUACACUGUAAUGUGGUGGUUCAACGAGCCUAUAUUUGAAACUGUCUUUUGAGCCAAUCUUUUUUAACAAAUUUCAAGACUACUAUAUAUUAUUCAUCUUGUUCUUCAUUGCUCUUAAA